AUGGAAUGUUUUAAAUCAAUGUUAAUACUAUUUAUAUGCAUAACCAGCACGGCAGCACAGAUACCAGAAAUAGUGGAAUUAGUAGUUGGUCAACCAUUUUAUUAUGCAUUUCAAAUUGAUUCAAAUGUAUUGGAUGUGCAGGAUGCAUCUGGUGAAGAACUACCAACAUGGCUAAUUUGGAAAAGAAAUGAACGGAUUUUGGAAGGUGUACCACAACCUACUGAUGCUGGAAAAACAUUUUUACGGAUAACGAACGGUCAAACUAACGAUGUAAUGGAAAUUUCUGUUAAAGAAGAAAUCGUAAAUCCAUGCGGUGUCGAAAGGAAUAUAUUGUGGAUGGAAAUUGCAUUUGAUACCUCUCUUAGCAGUUUGAGUAUAGCUGAUCAGUUGGAUCUUGUUAAUAUUGUCUCAAAAUUUUUUAAUAUUAACAGCUCUUCGCUUCGCAUUUAUUCAAAUAAGUACAAGGAAGAAGUAGGACGCUCAGAAGUUGUAGAGUCCGGUAUGCAAAAUAAGCCAAAAAAUGAUUCAGUGACAAUUAUGUGGAAAGUUUCCUGCGAAGAAAUUGAUGAGGAUGCUAUUGAUGUGUUGGAAAAGAUGCUUACGUUCGAUGAAAGUGAUGCUUUGGCGAUGUCGCGGCAAAAGCUAUUUGGUUGGGAGCUCAGAAAAGGAACUUUAUUACCACGGAAACAACGUAACCAUAUUGCGGGAACUAAUAUUUUGUCUCAGCUUUCGGGCUUUGUUACAAAUGAACCAUAUUCUGAAGCGACAACUUCUAAAACUACAGCACGUUUAUCACGCUCUACAAAAAAAGAUGACAGACCACCAGUGCGACUGCAUUCACUGCAGACUUUUACUUGUAGAAGAGGUAUGAUGUGCGAGUAUACCAUUCCGAGGGAAACAUUCAUUGAUGUGGAAGAUGGAGAUACGCGUUCACUUACUUUGUCCGUUUACCCUAUUGUUGCUGAUAACAACUGGCUUACAUUAGACAGGAAAAAUAAACAAAUUUUACAUGGUAUCUCACUGAAUACAGGAGAUUUCGAAUUUCGGUUAGAAGCACGAGACUCUUCAAAUCAGAUGACAUCCGCGCCUUUUCGAGUAACAGUUGUUCCCGAACUGCCGACCAAUCACUUAUUUAUUCUUGAUGUUGACCACAGUUCCGAACGAUUGGCGAAAGAUCCAGACAUUUUAUGUGCAUUUGCGGAGAAGUUGGCUAAUUCGCUAGGGGAUCGAUUUCCAAAAAAUUUGGUUAUUAAGAAAAUUGAAGCUAUUGAUAGUGUAAGGCGUCAAUCUCGUGUCAUGUUUUCAAAUAGUUCUUUGUCAUAUAAAUAUUGUCAGAAAAAAGCAAUUGAGGCAAUUAAGCAUAUUAUGCUAACUAGGAGACGGGAUCGUAUCCGAGCUGAAUUUGUUCGAGCAAUGGAUAGUCGAUUUCAUGUACGGAAUGUGAAAUUAGAGUUAAGAGGAUCCUGUAUCGAAGAGAUGCCAACAUCCCGACUUCCAACGAAUGUUUCGUUAUUCUCAACUACUGUUUCUCCGAAUUAUGAUACUUCAUCUGUUCAGCUGUGGUUACCAGUUGCCCUUAUUGCAUUCUUAAAAUUUUUCUUGGCUACACUGGCAUUAAUCUGCUGUUUGAUAAAACGAAAAAAAGCAAAAGCAGUUCAAUCAGAAUACAUUUCGAAGGGUUUGCCAGUAGUAUUUCCAGAAGAAAUCCCACAAGCAGAUGAAACAGCAACGGUAUCGACACCGAUGUUAGUUAAGGAAGAACGUCCACCAUUAAUCAUUUCUCAGCACGAGAAUCCUCUUUACAAACCACCUCCUCCGCUUUCUACUGCAUCAAGUCCUCGGCCUCGAAAUGCAUUCACGAAUCAGAGACAACCACCGCCUUAUGUUCCGCCAUAA